AUGGCGGAUGCUAGUCUAGAGAAGGGCCCCGAGUCGCCUGCAACAGAGGCUCCUAAGACCACACCACCAGAAGUUCCCGAUGGUGGCAGCAAGGCAUGGCUAACAGUCUUGGGCGCAGCGAUCGCCCUAUUUGUCUCAUUCGGCUGGGUCAACUGCAUUGCACUCUUCCAGUCUGAGUACGAAACGAACCAAUUGAAGGACUACUCGAGCUCGGAAAUCUCUUGGAUCACGUCUAUGGAAUUUUUCUUUAUGCUUUUCACUUCCCCCGUGGCAGGCAAGCUGUUCGAUAGCUAUGGCCCGCGCGUGCCUAUUGCCAUUGGAUCUGCCUUGCAUGUCUUUGGGCUUAUUAUGGCCAGUCUAUCCCAUAAGUAUUAUCAAUUUAUGCUGAGCCAGUCUGUAGUAUCUGGGAUUGGUUCUUCGUUGAUCUUCACCCCAGCAAUGACUGCACCCCAGACCUAUUUCCGCCAGAAGCGGGGAAUUGUUGGUGGUUUGACAGUGGCAGGAUCGUCAUUAGGCGGCGUCAUUUUUCCGUUGAUGGUGCAGCAUCUGUUGCCGCAGGUGGGCUACGGCUGGACGAUGCGGAUCUGCGCCUUUAUGAUCCUGGGCUUGCUAGUCAUCGCCAAUCUCACCAUCUCGUCCAAUUUCUCACAUAAGCCGCGUCCAUUUUCCGUCAUGCACUACCUCGGACCGUUGCGGGAGGCCAACUUUGGUAUUCUGUGUGCGGCUAGUUUCUUUAUGUACUGGGGAAUGUUUAUUCCAUUUGAUUAUAUCGUCGUCGAAGCCGUGCACUACGGCAUGUCAUCGCAUAUGGCGUGGUCAUUAGUUCCGAUUCUUAAUGGCGCCAGUUUCUUCGGCCGUACAGUGCCUAACUAUAUCGCGGACAAGGUCGGUCGCUUUAACGUGAUGCUUGUCAUGACCACGUUAUCGGCUAUCUUGGUGUUGGCAUUGUGGCUUCCUGCUCGAGGCAAUGCUGCGCUCACCACCUUUGCGGCCUUAUUUGGUAUCACCUCGGGUGCGAUCAUUGGCCUAGGACCUGUCCUGAUUGUUCAAAUCUCGCCAAUGAGCGAGUUAGGCUAUCGGGUUGGUACUGUCUUGGCUUUUGCUGCGGUGGGAACCUUGACCAGUCCUCCUAUUGGUGGUGCGAUUGCCGCCUCUGAUGGCGGCAGCUACAUCUAUACGUCUGUCUUUUCAGGCGUGAGCUUCCUGAUAGGUACCUUCGGUCUUGCUGCUCUACGCGUACGUCUGGGGGGAUGGGGGCUUACUUCGAAGAUUUAA